UUGAAACGCGUGGCUUCGCGUUCACCUCUAUUCUCAUCUAUCGCCUUCUCUCAUUUACUAUUUGCCGCCGAUAGAUCGCAAACGCGAUCCUCGUCUCGCGCCAAAAACCAGCAUCAUCGAAGCUUCCUAUUCUUUUCACCCCUUCGCGAAUCGUGCACCCCGUUUUUCACCACCGCGCCUCUUCCACUGGCCCUGCCUCGACGAAUGUUUCUUCCCGUUCGUGCUUGCAUCCGCAACGUUGGAUCCCUGUUUUUCCCACCGACACGAAUUCGUACGUACACGUACAACGUACCUGGACGCGUGAAUUUCGGUGACAUCGCGUCGGACCGUGGUUACAAACACCCCUCCUCUGUCGAAACCAUGUUCCGUGUCGCUAUAAUUUACCUGCUAUUCCCGCAGCAACGAGGACAAGCGUUUCUAUCAUCUUUUUCUUUCAUAGUUUUAGAGGGAAUUGCAAAUACGGGAUAACUAAUCCGUGGCUGAUAUCGGAUUUCAACUUUAUAGAUGGAUUUUACAUAUCUAUCCUUUCAACCUCGAUCGAGAACAAUGUCUGUGGGUCGGAAGAAUUUCAUUUCCCAUUGCAAUUCCAUUGCUUUCACGAUCCAUUUGCCGCUUCCGAUCCAUCGACCAGUCGUCGCGAUAGAAAAUGUAUGCACCAAAGUGCCGUGCGAAAUGGUAGCAUUUACAACGUUCGUAUUUCGCGCUUUCCUACCAAAUCGUGAUCCGAAUAAAAGCACGUAAUUGAACGAGUGAUUUCGCCCUUUCAAAUCACUGAUUACACGAAAAUACGUUUCCCUAUUGAUUAUGAAUGCCCCUCUUGCUAGCGUUUCUCAGUCUUAAUUAAAAAUUAAUUGUACCGCUUUGAGCUGAAAUUUACUCGACGAUAAUUAUCUUAAAAUUGCUUCUUCCUUUAUCCAGCGAGAAGAACGCUAUUCGUUCGAGGUGUAUAUUUAGAAAAUCAUCUUCCUUCCUCUUUAUCUUUCCUAUUUUCAUUUUUAGCAUCGCUAGUAUAAUCGCAUCAACGUUGAACUCCCGUUCCGAUACGUCGGUGAAUGGACCACGAAUGAGAAGAGAAUUUCGUUCCCAGUCGAAACGCUAACACGAUAAUGGAGCCGUGAAAAAAAGUUUCACGGAGUACUGUCUGUGCAACGCGCGAAACACGCAGAAUGGAGUAACGCGAGGAGAAAACGAUGCCCGUUCGAAGCAGAGCUCACGAUUUCGUCGAGCGAUAAGCGGCGAAUUCAUGGAUGAACGCACGAUGGAUACAUGAAUCGAAGCCAUCAUGAGCGCGCUUCGAUUGAUCCUCCUGUUGCUGGCAUCAUCGCGUUACCUCGUUCAUCCGACUGAUGCCGGGGUUCGCGACGAGAAGACGAGCAACGAGGGUGGCCGGAAUCAGAAUAAUGUCCUUCCUUCGGUAGCUGCAUCUGUCAAGGAUGUCCUGGCGCAGACUGGCGGUAACGCUAACCUACCCUGUAGAUUCACUGGUCCCGGAAUAGUAACUUGGAUCCGAAGAAAGGAUAGACAACUAUUGACGGUGGGCAGAAGGACCCACGCCGUCGAUCCGCGAUUCAUGGUCUCCAACAGUCCAGAUUGGAAUCUACUGAUAAAGAAUGUGAAACGCGACGAUGCUGGCCUCUACGAAUGUCAGAUUCAAACGGAACCGGUUCAGCAACGAUUCGUUCGGCUGAGCAUCACGGAAGCGUACUCGACGAUUCCUGGAGGACCGGAUCUUCACGUGAAACAAGGAUCCAGCCUUCGAUUAGAGUGCCAGCUAAUGGCGUCUACGGAAACCCCGAGCUUCAUCUUCUGGUACCGCGAGGGUAGGAUGAUCAACUACGACGACGAACCGGGGGUCAGGGUCGAGGCUACGAAAAAUGGUUCCAUAUUGGUGGUCGACAAGGUGAAACUCUCCCACGGUGCCAAUUACACUUGUUCGCCGAGCAACGCUCGAGCGGCGUACAUCAUGAUCCACGUGAUCGAAGAGGAGGAAAAACCAGCUGCCAUGCACGGCGGUGAUCGACGAAAUGGUACAUCGAGACCGACCAUCAACGUCGUGUUGAUUUUUCUGACUUUCCUCGGUGUACAGAACUUCAAUCGAGGCUGCGCCACGUGACCAGCCUACCCCGUCAAUUUCCUCGAAUUAUUAACAUUUUCCUCUAUUUUCUCGUGCCACCUUCGGAUACUCGUUCACAUUACCAGCCUACGUUUUUCUUCCCUGAAUCUCGUUCCUUUUUAAAAGUUAGUAUUGUAGACUGAAAUCUUGCUAGAUCGUAGAAAUCCGCGUAGAAGUUUUAGCCUUAGGAUGCGAGAGCGUUUUCGAACACAUCUGAUCGAAGAUACUUUCUUUCUUGUUUAUCAUCGAAACGCGAGAAGACUCGCCGGUUUAAUCCAGAAUUUAUCCUCGUUCGAAGAAAGAUAAAUUCGUUGUACAGUUUCGAAACGGUUUAGGAAUGCGUGCCGUAAAUUGAGAGGCUAUUUUCCGUUUCCUUCCUUCAAACAGUGUAUUGUGAAAUACAUGAAAGAAUAUGAAGCCGACUGGAACAUACAUUUCUUUCAAAUUGUACAAAAGCAUGUAUGCCUUUCGCAGACUCUUAUUGCGAUCCAAAUAUCAAGACACCUCUUAAUUUGUUCUCUUUUUUUAACCGAACAGAAGAAAGGCUUCGAGGAAGAUCUCUUAAGAAUUUCGUCGCCAUUUGCAUUUUAUGAAAAACUUUUAAUUAUAUACAUUUUUGUCCGUGCAUGCGUAGAAGAUGUACCAGCGGAAAUUUCUUGAUGGAGCGAAAGAAAAGCGGGUAUUCAACGUUCGCAUAAAGAGGAAUCAAAGUAAUGCCACGAGACGUCGGGUAAAAAGGUGCACAUUCGCGCGGUGAAAAACCGAUGCGACGCGGGGAGAAAGCAGCGGCGAAGAAUUGAAAGACAUUCGGAAAUUCAGGUGAAUAUAAUUCGUUAAAAGGAUCGCGACGCGUCGCUUUAAGCUCUUUGCCGUUUAACCGAAACCACAAACGAACUUAAAACCGCGGUGGCACACGUGCUUUCAUACCGCAGGCUGCCUUGCAAAUUAACGACAUUUUUAACGAAUGAAAAGUCGCGCAAGCAGCGAAUGUCGCGUUCACCCUUUCACGCGUCUUACAUGCCUCGAAUACCAGUUUCUGCUUCUUGAAAUUUCUUUCGGUACCGUUUCUCGUUGCCGCAAGCAACUGUAUCUACGUGUAAAAUCGUUACGAUCGUAGUUCCAAGUGUAACUUUCUCGUCAAGAAAAUAAUCAAACUGAAACGAAGGUGCGCUCGAUAAGAUUUUAAAAUACGAAUUAGCUCUUGUUAAGAGAAGAGCGUGUCUGUAAACAAUUACAAAGUACAAUCGCUGUUCUUCGUGUAUUCUGUAAAAUGAAGAGAAAACGAGACGGUUUAACCCUUUCGUUACGAACGAUGUAUUUCAAUUAUUCAUUGUAAAAAGUAGAUGUAUCUAUACGAGCUAAAUUUCACACAGUUUUAUCUCGAAAACAAUCAACCAUCGUUUAUCAAGUUUUGAAGAUAGCGAAAGGGUUAAUCGUGAAACAGACGAAUCAUCGUUUCCAAAUACAUAACACUAAAAUGCUCACUCGAUGUAUUAAUGUGAUCAAUGUACAUACGUGUAUGUUAAUUAUAAGUAUACGUAUAACAUUCUAACUUGUACACGUAAUUACAUGUAUCAAGAAUUUUACAAUAUCUUUUUACACUCGGCGAAAAAUUGCACAUCUUAUCGGUUUCUGUCUAGAUGGUUCACCAAUCAUUUCAUUCUCGUAGAUUACAAAACGAGGGUUUCGCUUAUAAAUUGAUGUGCUUCCUAUACGUAGCAUUCUACAUAGAAUCUAUUAGCUGCAAGGUUCAACGCUCAAAAUUGUACUAAUCAACGUUUCGUAGACUUCAUCGAUCUAGACGCGACGAGUAAUUUUAAUAUCGACGUUUCGAAUUCCUUUGUCAGGAUCGUUCAAAUUCUACGAGUACGCUCGCGAACAUAGAAGAAUAUUAGGUGAAGUUUUCACGGCUGCGACACUGUACGUAAUUAAAAUAAACUGAACAUUUUCAACCUCUCGA